AUGAAGAGUGUCCCUCUGAGAACACACAGUCUCGCACCUCCAUACCUCGACUCGGACAUGUCCAGUCGAUGGUUUGACUUUGGCGGCGACACAAUCAUCCGCGCCGACCAGUACAUACGACUCGCCUCCGACAUGCCCUCACAGUCAGGUUGGAUCUUCUCCCGAAUACCGCUGACGGCGACGAACUGGGAAGUCGAGUUCGAGUUCGCAAUCCAUGGCAAGGGCCAUUUACACGGAGACGGGUUUGCAAUGUGGAUCACAAAGGAGAGGGCGCAGCCUGGUCCCGUGUUCGGGCAUGCGGAUCGGUUUGAGGGGUUGGGGAUUUUCUUCGACACCUACAAGAACAACAGACCUGGGGUAGUGUUUCCCUAUGUGAUGGGGAUGAUGGGAGAUGGAAAGACUUCAUACGAUGCGGCGAAUGACGGGAAGGCGAACGAAAUUGGUGGUUGCUCGGCUCGAGGAUUGCGCGGUGCUUCCAUCCCCACCAAAGCAAAGUUGACCUAUUUCCAAGACAAAUCGCUCACACUCCAGCUACAGUACAAAGCGACCGAUGCGUGGAUUGAUUGCUUCUCCAUUACUCCUACAGACCAACAACCAUUGAAGAUGCCCAACACAGCAUAUCUGGGAUUCAGCGCGCACACGGGUGAACUGUCGGACAACUUUGACAUUAUCAGCGUGGAAACACGGAAUCUGUACAAUCCGGUGGCGGCAAACUCUGGGAGAGACAGGGCGGCGCAGGCGCGGGCCAGUGGCAGAGGGAGGAGUUCCAAGCAACAGGGUGGUGGCUGGGGAUGGUUCUUCUUCAAAGUGCUGCUGUUUGCCGGCGUGGCCGGUGGUGGGUAUGUUGGAUAUAAGAAGUACAAGGAGAAGCAGCGGUAUGAGGGGUUCAAGGGAUUUUAG